UGCCGGAGAAGACUGAACGGAGGAAGUGGCUGCUUGCUUGCGCUGAACCGCUCCUCCCCCGGGGGAAAAAAAAGGUUCGAGGCUCCCUUCUUCGGCUUCGGAAAAACAGAAGGAAACUCGUGGAAUUAGGAGUUGGGGAAGGGCGGGCUGAGGUUUUACCUCCUAGAGGCUCCGGGCAGUGGGAGGAGACGCCAUGGCCUGGAUCUGGCAGUGGCAAUUCCAAGCGCUCUUUAUCGGCCUCACCUCGACAGGUUGUUUCUCUGUUCUCGUGACAGUGCCAGAUACUGAGCGAUACACAACUUUAUUUGCUUCUGUGACCCUCCGAUGUGACUAUAGUACUUCAGCACCACUACAGGAUGUAGUUGUUACCUGGCGCUAUAAAUCGUUUUGCAAAGAUCCCAUUCUUGAUUACUAUACUGUUGCCUAUCAGGCAUACCUAGAUCUUGGCCAGGAUCCUUCCAAUGACUGCAAUGACAACCAGCGGGAAGUGCGCAUUGUUGCUCAGAAAAGAGGACAGAAUGAACCAGUGUUGGGUGUGGAUUACAGGCAGCGAAAGAUCACAAUUCAGAAUAGAGCAGAUCUUUUAAUUAAUGAGGUUAUGUGGUGGGACCAUGGAGUCUAUUAUUGUACUGUUGAAGCUCCAGGAGACACAACUGGUGAUCCAGACAAAGAAAUCAAGCUCAUUGUUUUGAAUUGGUUGACAGUAAUCUUCAUCCUCCUGGGUGCCUUCCUCCUCUUCAUGCUAAUUGGAAUAUGCUGGUGUCAGUGCUGCCCUCAGUAUUGCUGCUGCCAUGUGCGCUGUGCCUGCUGCCCAACCCGUUGCUGCUGCAAUGAAAAAGUCAUGGAACGGCACCACUUCGUGAAACAAGCUCAACAACUUCUUCCAUGGAUGACACACCACUCUCAGUCAUCUUCAUACCAAUUAAACCCACUUUUGCAGAGAGACGUAUCUCUCCAAAGCAGCCAACCAUUAAUGCCCCCACUUGCCCAAAUGCCUUCUAGCAACAAGAUCUUGGACCAUCUUGAAUCUGAGAUCAGGAACCUUAAUCUUUCUCAGCCUAUGCUACCUUCACAUCCUGUUGGAAGCAGUCAGCAUCCCAGCAUUCUCUCUUCUUUGGGUUCAGAGAUUGUGGAACGCAGAGUAAUCCAGUUGCCUCCUAUUGUUGAGCAUAUCCCAUCCUCUCAGAGAUCUAGCAGGUCAUCACGACCAGAGAGGUCUAGACAUACUUCAAGACCUCGGAGCAGCACAAAUGAAAACCAGAGGGAGGAGAGAAGAUGGAGGCAUCGUUCAUCUUGGGAUGAUGACUCUCCUUCCAGCUAUGAUCAGGAACUAUGGGACAGGCAUAGAAAUCACAGAACUGAAUCACAAAGAUAUGGCAGCCGCAGCCAUCAUGAUAGAUACCGGAGUUCUACAACAGAUAUAAUACCCACCUCACGUGGCAGAAAUAGUUUUGAUUCCCAUCUUGAGACCAGAAGAGGGUAUUCUGGACAGCACCACUCUGGGAGAAAAAAUCAACAUUCACAACGACAAACGUAUCAACAUGACAAGAACUUUGGUCAGCAGGGUCAUCGAAGACAUCGCAGUUAUUCUCCACCAUCCUCCUGGGAGUCAUGGAGCUCCUCUGAAGAACAGGAGAACUCCCGGAAAAACAAUAGGCGGCAUCAGCAGCAGCAUUCCCCAGACUGGCAAUAUGAAAAACCGCCUAGUUAUUGUUCUGUUGAAGUUACCCCAACCAAGAAGCAGAAACUCAGAAAGUCGGCAGAACAGUCGGAAAAAGGCAGUUCUCGCAGUGGGAUGAGUGUUGUCAUUUAGCCUCUUCACUCUUAUUACUGUAUAUAAUGAGAUUUCAGUGUCUGGCUGAACAGAUUUUCAUUCUGUCUUUUAAUAUUAUUCACUAAGUGCAUCAGUCAUUAACAGGUUUAUUUCACCAUCACCAUCAGCCUGCACCUUCUUGUAUUAAAUGUUUUUAAUCUUUGUUGCACUUUGAAAAAUGCAGUAAGAUUUUUUACAAAACAAAUUGUUUUUACAAAACAAAUACUGAAACAUGAAUGAUUUCCUUGCCUGGGUCUUGAGGUCUUACCUGGAUCUUAAUAUUCUUACUAAGAAUACAAAUCUGCAACAGUUCAUUAAUUGGUGGGGUAGUUUCUGUUACUCCAAAAGAUAACACUUUUAAUCCUGGAUAAUGAAUUACACAUACUGUGUAAUAAGAUUUCUAGAAAAUUUUGAGUCAGAAAACUUUCAGAUACUAGUGCAUAUAUCUAGUAUCCACAUUGUGCACAAAUCUUUUAGCUACAUUAUUUGAUGUCGAUGGAAAUGGAGCCUAAUUUGACAGGUUUGAACAUUCAAAGAAAUUAAAAAGUUGAUAAGUGAAAAAAUAUUGGAAACAAUGUUGGGCAAUAGGCAAUAAAAAUAACACACAUUGCUGUGUAUACCCAGUACAUCAAGGAAAGUGGCUAGAAGGAUGUAUCUUUUAAUGAGUGUUAAAACAUGUCCAGUCACAUCUAGACCGUAUCUUUCUAAGUCUGAGGCAGAUAUUUACAACUGCUCAAACUACUUUCAUCAUUAGGAAAUAAGGUAUAGAGUGAAAUAUUGAUGGUUAUAAAUAUUGACGGUUAUAAAUAUUGAUGGUUAUGGAGUGGUGCUGUUCAACUUUUUUUUAUUAAUCAUUUACAUGAGAAGUUGAGAAUGAUUAUCAGAUUUGCUAAUGAUACAAAACUAAGUGGCAAUUACUAAUAUGCUAAAAGAGAAAACUCAGAAUGAUUUGUAUAGAUAAUGUAAAGCUAGAAGCCAGGUAGAGAUAAUAACAGAAUGAAACUAAAUGAUAGUAAAUGCAAAGUUACUCAUGAAACAAAUGCACAAACGUAAGAUAGGUGACACUGAGCUUGAUUGUAAUACUUGUGCAAAAGAUCAAGGAAUAGUUGAUUAAAAUCUAAUUAUGAAUCAGAAGUAUGAUUAGAUUGCAAAGUAGGCAGUUUGAU